AUGGCGUACUAUGCUUUAGGACUGCUUGUCCUUUCCACUCUUCUAUCCCCUAUACAUUCAAGACCUCUUCAGGAUUCCCAGCCCAUAGCUAGCUGUCCGACCUCAGAUGCAGUUCGCUUCAAGGGAACGACAGCAAACAAUGUCGAGUCCUUCCUGAACAUCCGUUUCGGCGAAGACACCUCUGGUGCCAACCGAUUCACACCUCCGAAACCAUUCAACUACCCCCCUGGCACCCUGGUCAAUGCCACAACACCCGGGGCUGCCUGUCCACAGCCGAAACAGGCAGUAUCAACCAUGCCCCUGUUCGACAACGUCACACACAUGUCCGAGGACUGCCUGACGCUGCGAGUCGAUCGACCAGCUGGUACUCCGGCAUCCGCAAAGCUGCCCGUCAUGGUUUGGAUCUAUGGUGGAGGUGACACCUUCGGCCAGAUCUAUGACUCCGCAUACGACCCGACGGGAUUGGUGCUCGGUGCAGCGAGCAAGGGAUACCCAGUCAUCUAUGUCGCGAUGAACUACCGCGUCGGGGUAUUUGGCUUUGCCGCCUCGCCUGCUCUGAAUGCAACGGACUCCUUGAAUGCAGGCCUACUCGACCAGCGCCUCGCCAUUGAAUGGGUUAGAGACCAUAUCGCGGCUUUCGGCGGCGACCCAGAGAACGUCACCAUCUUCGGCGAGAGUGAUGGAGCAACGGGUGUCGGGCUCCAGAUCACAGCAUACGGAGGCAAGCAGAAGGCGCCCUUCAAGCGAGCCAUCAUGCAAUCUGGAAGCCCGAUGGCAGACAAAGAAACCGCCGGCACCAAGUCUCUGCGGCAUACUAGAGAACUGACGAAACUUGUCAAUUGCACCGCUUCCACCAGCGAGGCCGAGCUGCAAUGUCUGCGCAGUAUCCCCAUGGCAAAGCUCAACUCCAUCGCUGUCACGUACGAGAAUAAAGUCGGCGGCAACUCGGGAAUGGGCGUGUUCGUCCCGGUUGCCCCAUCCACGUUUAUCCCGGACAGCCCGUCCAAACUGCUAGCUACAGGGCGGUUCUCGCGGAAUAUCGACACGCUGGCUGGCUGGAACGAGGACGACGGGUCGUUUUCUACCCUCCCUACACUCUCAUCGGAUGAGGACGUCUUUGCAUACCUCAAAUACGAGUACCCAGCCUUGUCCAACAAGACAAUCAAACAGGCCAUGGCCCUCUACCCAGUCUCGUCCUUCCCCGACCUUCCAUCCGAGAACAUCUCCGCGCAUUACUUCCGGACCAGCCGGAUGGAACGUGACGCAGAGUUUACAUGUCCGACUUUGUACACGGCGCAGAUGAACCAUAAGUUCUCCCCGGAUACAGCGAACUAUCUCUUUUCCCUGAACCAGACAGUCUACCGGUCCGCAUAUGCAGCGGCGAAUGUAUCAUACCUCGGUGUUUCGCAUUUCAGCGACAUUCCGUACGUAUUUAACCAGGCGUCUGCGGAGGCCUUGGCCCCGUAUGCCACGAAAGAAGACUUGAGGCUUUCGAAUGAGAUUAGUGGGAGCUGGGCUGCGUUUGCGAAUACUGGGCAGCCUUCAGCUGGGAAUGGGACUAUCACCGGAUGGAUUGAUGCUUUUGGUUCUGGCGGUGGUGCACUGGAUGAGUUCCUGCAUGUCCUUGGGGGGCCAGACAGUGGGAGUAGGAAGACCAAGUAUGAUGAUCUUGGUGCCAGAUGCGCGUUCUGGAAUUCGCAGGAGGCGUUGGCUGGGAGGGGGGUUUAG